AUGAGGCGUUUCCUGAGCAGAAAGGGCCGCUUCUCCCUUCGCCAGAGCAAGUCUGGGACCCGGAGUGCCUCCAAAGAUUUCUACCUCGGCCUCCCAGCCACCAACCAGAACUGGCCAGAGGCUUUCGGCUUCCGACUGGGGGGCACUGGGCCCAGCUACAUCCUGUCAGUGGUGGAGGGCAGCAGUGCCUUCCUGGCCGGCCUGCAGCCCGGUGACCAGGUGGUGGACAUCGAGGGCCAGGAUGUGACCAACCUCAGCACACCGGCACUGAUCGCCCUUGCUCAGACUCUCAAGACGGUCCCACCCAGCAUCGGAGUGGUGUCACGGAUCGAACAGAUUGACAUCACCCCCGGCCCAGAUGGCCGUUUUGGCUUCACCAUCGUGGGAGAUAGCCCUCUGAUGGUUGAGGACUGCAUGCCCAGCGGCCCGGCCGGACGCAACGGCCUCAAGGCCGGGGACUACGUCAUGGAGGUCAACGGCAUCCCGGUGAAGCAUCAUGAAACUGCAGCAGCCAUGAUCAAAGCGGCUCAGGGUCGACCGCUGCGUCUGGGCGUGCUCAGUAUGGCCCGGCGGCCCAAGCGGCUGAGCAGCAGCAUGAGGGUUCUGUCGCAGAGCGGGGACAGCGUCCGGGAGAGUCGCGCCCACAAGGCCAUGGAGUUCAACAAAAAGGUGGAGGAGGUUCUAGGAGAGGAGCCAGAUGUGAAGGAGCAGCUGUUUGAGGUGCUGAAGCAGUACGCUGCUGAGAGGGAUGUGGAGAGUCUGGCCGAGGCCCUGCCCGACAUAUUGAUCACAGAGGAGCAUCAGCAGCUGAUUGACAGCGUCAGGAUCUUCAUUCCCAAGAAGCAUCGGGAGCGCUUUGACGAGGUGGUGUCCCAGAGCCUGAUGAGCCGGCUCAAGGGGCGGAGCUUCAGCGACCCCAGCCGCAACCACCUCCGCCGCAGCCGAAGUGAGGACCACCCCGAGCGCCUCCUGGUCUCCACGCGAGCCAGCUCAGUGCCACGCACCCACGCGGAGGAAGGCGUGGUCCCCCCAGCCCGAGGCAUGCGCAAGACCACCUCCCUCAUAGCUGGCCACUCCAGCGGCUCCACCACCAACUGCAGGACAGUGAGAGUGUGCAAAGGCAACAUGAGCUUUGGCUUCACGCUCAGAGGUCACGCUCCGGUGUGGAUCGACUCGGUGAUCCCCGGAAGUCCUGCAGACAAAGCAGGUCUGAAACCAGGAGACCGCAUUCUGUUCCUGAACGGACUGGACAUGAGGACCUCCUCCCAUGAGAAGGUGGUGUCCAUGCUGCAGGGGAGCGGCGCCAUGCCCACCCUGGUGGUGGAGGACGGCCCGCCGACCUUCUCCCUGUCGGAGCAGGACCUGGCGGGCAGCAGCAGUGGCGUUCCCGCAGAACGCGCCCGCUCCCCUGUGCUCAGCUCCCUGCAGUGGGUGGCGGAGAUCCUGCCUCCCAGCAUCCGGGUUCAGGGCCGCACCUUCGGUCAGCAGCUGGAGCAUCUGCUGACCAUCCAGGAGAGGUACACCAUCUGCAAGGCUCUGGAGAACUUCUUCCAGCACAGGAACGUUGACACCCUGAUCGUGGACGUGUUCCCGGUGCUGGACACUCCGGCCAAACAGGUGAUCUGGCAGUUUGUGUACCAGCUGCUGACGUACGAGGAGCAGGAGCACUGCCAGAGCAAGAUUUCCCGUUUCCUCGGGUACAAAGCUCCAGUUCCUCCACCGCCGCCACCUCCUCCGCCUCCCCCGGAGCCCGAGGUCGCCCCCGAGCCCCACCGGCGGAGCAGCUCCAUGAGGGUGACGGGAACCACGUACAGGAGCAGCGUGAGGGGACGUAGCUCCGAUGACCUGGUCAUUGGCACACACUUGGGCAUGGGCCUCCGUGCAGAGCCAGUUCUGGAGACAGGGAUGAGAUUGGCUCCAGGAGAGAGACAGUCGGGGGAUGGCACCUCCCUCCCCGAGACUCCCAACAACCUCACCAAUCUGUCGGCGGUGUACGCUGAACUGGAGAACAUGUAUUCAGCCAAGAGGUCCAAGUCUCUGAAGAGCCGCCCUCCUCCUGCCCCAGAGAGUUUGUUGGAUCUGGAACCUCCUUCACGCACAGCGUCGCCAACAAUACAUGCCAACACAGGGAGCCGUAAAGGCCCGUCGUCUCAUACAUCCUGGCCCGAGCCGCUGCCCAGUCCCCCUCCGUCCCAGUUCUACCCAUCAGGGUUGACCAGCCAGACCAGUGGGGAGUCCAACCCCUACAUCAGCCUGGACAGCCCCCCUCCGUCGCCUCCAGAACCCCCGGACUACCCGUCCAGUCCUCCCGCCCACCGCAGCAACAAGCGGCGCUACACAUUCUCCAAACCGCCACGCUCGGAGGACACGGACCGCUUCCUGGACGCUCUGAGCGAGCAGCUGGGUCAGCGGGUGGCCAUCGUCGACGACUUCUUGACCCCUGAAAACGACUACGAGGAGGAUGUUGUGCAGAUGGGCUUCCCAGAUGACGAGGACGAGGACAACGAAGACGACUUGGGGGUGGACGAAGAGGAGAACGGAGGAUUUGUGGCUCCAGAGCUCAGCAGCCCGAGUGACGUUCAAAGCAGCAGCGGAGAAGAGAACGCCUCCUCCCUCACCUACUCCUCCUCCUCUGACCACAUUCCUCCGCCUCCCAUGACUCCACCUCCGCCUCCACCUGUCCAGUUCAAUGACCCGCCUCCCCCUCCUCCUCCUCCGCCACCUGCACAGACCCAACCUCAGCAGCAGCAGCAGCAGCAGCAGCAGCAGCAGCAACAACUCAGCUACACUCCUGAACACUCCCCAAGAGCAUAUGUGCCCAUCCGCAGGAAAUCCGGCCCUCCUCCACCGCCUCCUCCCCGAAAUAACCCGCCACCUAAACGCCACUCCUUGCAUAAAGUUCUCCCCACACGAGAUGACCUCCAGGUCCAUGCUACCAUACAGGAGCUGAAAGCAUACCAAGAGCAGCAAGCCUACCAGGAGAGACAAGCCUACGAGGAGCAGCAGGCAUACAAGGAGAGGCAGGCGUAUGAAGAGCAAAAGGCCUAUGAAGAGCAACAGCUGUUCCAGGAGCAGCAGGCCUAUCAGGAGAAACUCUUUAAAGAGAGGCAGGCUUAUGAAGAGCAGAAAGCUUACGAGGAGCAAAAGGCUUUUGAAGAGCAGCAAAUGUACCAGGAGCAGCAGGCCUACCAAGAACGACAAGCGUACGAACAGCGCCAGGCCUACCAGGAGCAAAAAGCCUACGAGCAGCGUCAAGCCUACAAGGAACAGAAGGCUUUCGAAGAGCUUCAAGCCUACCAGGAGCAAAAGGCGUACGAGGAGCGAAAGGCUUAUGAGGAGCAAAAAGCCUACGAGGAGCGUCAAGCCUACGAGGAGCAGCAAGCGUAUCAGGAGCAGCAGAUGCAGCAGAUCUACCAGAGCCACCACUCGAUGCCUAACCAGCCCACGCAGCAGAAGGCCCACUCCCCUCUGCCCCUCCAGCAGCUCCACCAGUCCCUCCCCCCGCUGCCGUCUCCAGACUCCGCCCACCACCACGCCAACCACCCUCUGUAUCUGAUGCGCCAAGCACAGCAGCAGCAACAGCAGCAGCAACAAGCCCACCAGAGCCACCACCACCGACGGCUGUCUCGCUCAGCUCCUCCCCCACACCAGCCGUCACCACAACCCACCGUCCACGCCAGCCCACAGGCUCAAUACGCCGAGGGAAUCUACCAGAGCCAUCAGGGCAUCAGGGCCCAGCCCCACCACUCCUCAGCAGAGAUGCUCCACCAGAUGCACCAAGCCCCGGCCCAUCAUUCUUCCACUGAGAUGCUCCACCAGCUGCAGCAAGUCCAGGCCCACCACGCGUCUGCCGAGAUGCUCCAGCAGAUGCAGCACGCCCACUACUCGUCCUCAGAAAUGCUCCACCAAAUGCACAAAUCCAAGGCCCAUCAUUCUUCCACAGAGCUCCUGCACCAAGCUCACCAAAUGCAGCAAAUGCAGCCUCACCACUCCUCCACCGAACUCCUCCACCAGGCUCACCAGAUGCACCGCGGACAGCCCCACCACUCCUCCACCGAGCUGCUCCAUCAAAUACACAAGCCCCAGGCCCACCACUCCUCCACGGAGCUUCUCCACCAAGCCCACCAGGUGCACCAACCCAAGCCCCACCACUCCUCCACGGAGCUGCUGCAUCAAGCCCAGCAGGAGCCGGCCUCCCUCCCGGUGCAGCUUAGCCGGGACAGCCACUCCCACCAGAGCCGGAGGAGCCUCAAAGGUCACCAUCAGGCCGAAGUGUCCCUGCAGGGGAGGCAUCAGGAGCAGCAGAUCCACCAAACCCACCACCCCCAGCCCACCAAGCCCUCUCCCCAGAGACCCCACUCCAUCCAGCAGACCCACCACCACUCCAGCACUCCUCAGAUCCACCACAUCCACCACAUCACCCCGCAGCCCCCUCCUCAGGACUACCAGCACCAGAUCCACGUCAUCCACCCGCCCCAGCAGCCCCACAGGCCCCAGCCGCUCCUCUCCACCUUUCAGCCCCUCCAGCCUCACCAGCCCACCCUCUCCACCUUCCAGCCCCUGCCCCAGCACCACCAGUCGCAGCACCAGGUCCAGUCCACCCAGACCGCCCGUCCGCAGUCGCAGCCGUCGCAUCACCUGCUGCAGUCGCCGCACCAGCCGCAAUCCCAGUCCCACCACAAGCAGUCCCACAGCCCGAGCCAGCCCCAGUCCCUGCCCCACUCUCUGUCCGACCCCACCGAGCACCUGGAGCCCCCUCCACCUCCGCCGCUGCCCCCGCCCUGCUCCCCUCCACCGCUGCCCAGACCCAGCCUGUCCCGGAUGGACUCCAACCACAUGAGUGUGAAGAGGCUGCGCUGGGAGCAGGUGGAGAACUCAGAGGGGACGAUAUGGGGACAGCUGGGAGCGAACUCAGACUAUGACAAGCUGCAUGACAUGGUGAAGUAUCUGGACCUGGAGCUGCACUUUGGGACCCAGAAGGGCUCCAUGCCUGCUCCAGAGUUAACCCACCACCUCGAAACCUUCAAGAAGAAGGAUGUUAUUGAAAUACUGUCCCAUAAGAAGGCUUACAACGCCUCCAUCCUGAUCGCCCAUCUGAAGCUGUCUCCGGGGGAGCUGAGGCAGCUGCUGAUGAACAUGACCACGGACCGGCUGGAGCCAGCUCACAUCAAACAGCUGCUGCUGUACGCCCCCGAUGCAGAGGAGGUCAAGAAAUAUGAAGAGUACCGGCAGGACCCCAGCAAGCUCAGCGAGCCAGACCAGUUUGUGCUGCAGAUGUUGUCGGUACCGGAGUACCAGACCCGUCUGCAGAGCCUCCUCUUCAAAUGCUCGCUGCAGGAGAAGACGGAGGAGCUGAGGGGGGCGUUCGACUGCAUUUACAAGGCCUCCAUGGAGCUGAAGACCAGCAAGAAGCUGGCCAAGAUCCUGGAGUUUGUGCUGGCGAUGGGGAACUACCUGAACAACAGCCAGCCCAAGACCAACAAGACUACAGGCUUCAAGAUCAACUUCCUCACAGAACUGAGCACAACUAAAACAGUGGAUGGGAAAUCCACCUUUCUGCACAUUCUGGUCAAGUCGUUGUGUCAGCACUUUCCCGAUGUGUUGGACUUCUCUAAAGAUCUCACGAUGGUUCCUCUUGCUUCAAAAGUAAAUCAGAGGAACAUCACAUCCGAUCUGAACGACCUUCACGCGACCAUCCAGGACAUUCGCUCGGCCUGUCAGAAGAUGCCUGCGACUGCCGAGGACCGCUUUGCUGUCGUCAUGAGUAACUUCCUGGAAAACAGUCACCCAGCAAUGCAGUCUUUGGAGUCUCUGCAACAGAGAGCCAUGGAAGAAUUCAGCAAAACGGCCUCUUACUUUGGAGAAGACGGCAAAAGCACCAACACCGAGGCCUUCUUUGGGAUCUUUUCAGAGUUCAUCGGCAAGUUUGAGAGAGCUCUCAGUGAUCAGCAAGUUGCAGAAAACCCGAAGAGUCCCAGGAGUCCACGAAUGUCCUCCCCGCUGGCCUGGUAA